CAACUUCUGUGUUUACUACUGUCUAUCUACGCUUCUUAUCUUCAAUCAGAGACAGACGUGGGAUAAAAAGUUUUCCCAAUCAGAGGAGAGAAAACGAGCCACGUGCGGAUUAUGCGUGGCCGAGAGACGUACCGCGUGACCAAGAAGACACCUCGUGCGUGCACGCAUCAGGUUUCAACCGAACGAGCGCUUCCAGAACCCGUAGCAUGGACCUUUUGAGCCUGGCUCUUCGCUCCCUCGAAUUGGGAGACGUAAAACCAUCGAGGGAGAACUUUCUGCAGGUCGAGCGUCGUGACGACGUCACGGAAACGAGAAACGACGCCAUUAGAGAGCGAAGAUGCAAGCUGAGGGAAAAAUCGCAUGACGAGCUCCGUACUAUCACUUUGGACGAGGUCGCCAGGCACGACACGCUCGACGACUGUUGGCUCGUAAUCUACGAUUACGUGUACGACUGCACAGAAUUCCUGAAGAAUCAUCCAGGUGGUCAGGAUAUCCUCUUAGAAUACGCCGGACGAGACGCGACUUUGGCAUUUAUCGGCACCGGACACUCCGCCAUCGCCAGGGUAACUUUGGAGCGAUACAAAAUCGGCGAGCUUCCGCCGAAAGAGAGGAUCUUUCGCAUUCCUAAUGGCGUGAAAGUCAUGGGAUUCUAAUCUGCUCGCAUUGUCAAAAUCCGUCGUCGAUAUUACUUGUUUGGGGCAAAUAUCUAGGAAACAUUUUACACGGGAAAUCGGCGAAACGCUUUGCCGAAAAUUGUACUCUCUAAAAUUAUGCAAGAAGUCUUAUUAAAAAAUAAUCACAUCUAUAAUAUCAUUAUUGCCUUUUGAUUAUACGGGAAAA